AUGGCCACUGAAACGAUCUCGAACGUGAAAGCUACAGUUCAGGAACAGGCGCAGCUUGCUGUAGAGACCUCUGUAGAUUACAAGGCUGAACGAUACAAAUAUGCAGCCUACCUACCACAUUGUACUCCGGGCCUGCAACCACCUCUAGAGGAAUUCGAGCAUAUCGACGUCGGCCUGCGCGCUGACGCGGGCAAGAACGCACUUUUCCACGCUCAAGGCGCCAUCUUCAAAGAAUUGACUCCUGCCAUCGGCACCGAAGUGCGCGGCAUUCAACUCAGCAACCUUACACCCCAGCAGAAAGAUGAAUUGGCACUCCUUGCUGCCGAGCGCGGUAUCGUCGUCUUCCGCGAUCAAGACUUUGCGGACAUUGGGCCGGAACGACAGCGCGAGUUUGGCGCACAUUUUGGCAGUCUGCAUGUCCACCAGAUCGGGACACAAAUCAAGGACUAUCCGGAGAUUCUGCCUGUAUAUCGAGACUUCGUGGUCACCUCCCAGCUGAUCCCCAAUAGCGCCGGCGCCGUGGACAACGAGAUCAGAAACAACGUCAGCAGCAUCAAAUGGCAUAGCGACAUGUCUUAUGAGAUAAAUGGCAUGGGCACAACAAUAUUCUUGCCCCUCGACACUCCCGACUCUGGCGGCGACACAUUGUACCUGUCGACCGUGGCGGCGUAUAAUGCUCUCUCCCCAGCUUUUCGCGAGUUUCUGCAUGGUAAAUCCGCCACGCACUCGGGCUUUUCGCAGGCUGCUGUGCAUGAAAACCGUGAGCGAUACAUUCGUGAUCCGAUCGAGACCGUACAUCCAGUCGUUCGGACGCACCCUGUCACCAAGGCCAAUUCGUUGUACGUCAACAGGCUUUACACGCGCCGAAUUGUGGAUCUGAAGGAGGAAGAAAGUUCCACGAUUCUCAAUUUCUUGUACUAUCACAUCGAGCAUGGCCAGGAUUGGCAUAUCAGAGUCCAUUGGGAGCCUCGAACGGUUGCCAUUUACGAUAACCGUGUCACGCAGCACUCCGCGUUGCGAGAUUUCGUGGUGAAAGAGAGCGUGACGAGACGACAUAUGAUUCGCAUUACGCCACAGGCCGAAAGACCCUAUUUCGACGCCGGUAGUGGGCAGAAAGUAGAGGUCAAGCAACAAGGUGCCGAGAAGGGGCAAGGUCCAGUCCAAAGUACUCAGUAA